AUGAUAUCGUAUCUGUUGAAUGGUAAUUAUCCGGGCGCAGAUAUUGGCCCUGAGCCAACAACAGAUAUUUUUGCUCAUGUCGACUACAGUGAAAAAACGCAGACAGUAUCAGGAGUGACGUUGGCUUCUGACAAUACCUAUCAGUUUCAGUCGCUGAGCAUGUUUGGUGAUGUAUUUCUAAACAAGUUGAGGGCUACGCGCUUCAAGUCACCGCUGCUGAAGUAUGUAUCAAUAAUUGACACUCCAGGAAUCCUGACCGGCGAUAAACAAGUGGAAAGCAGAGGCUAUGAUUUUGCACAAGUUAUCAAGUUUUUGUCGAACAAGGUGGACUGCAUAUUUUUGCUCUUUGAUGCUAAUAAGCUUGAUAUUAGCGAUGAGUAUAAACAGGUCAUACAGAUUUUGGAAGGCAAUGAAGAAAAAAUUAAAAUUAUUUUAAACAAAGCUGAUUGGGUUCGACCGCGCGAAUUGGUACAUGUACGUGGAGCGCUAAUGUGGGCGCUAGGUAAAAUCAUG